CCUUGCAUCUGAGACUGGGCGGGCGGAGGCUGCGAGCCGCCCGCCCAGUGCCACGUCGACCGCCGAGCCGAGCGCACGCCGCGCCGCGCACCCACACCACGAACCCGUCGCAAUGAUGCGGCGCGGGUCGAUGGCAAUGGUCGGCGGGGGCGAGCCGCUGAUAGUGGUGGAAGAAAGCGGUUCCGAAGACGCAGAGUCCUCGCCUCGGUCCUCCGGGCCUGCCAGGGGGCUGUCCGUAGACCAGGAGUCACCUCCGGACCCGUACCACUUGUCGCCAUGGCGCGAUACUCGCAAACACAGCUUGCCGACACCAUCGUGUACCACAGGCCCUACUGCUAGCCAGGUUCGGCGGCUGUCAGAAAGAGGGGAGAGUGCCGCUCGGGAGGCUCGUGAGGCUGCCUUCCUGGCUACCCUCAGCCAAGUCCAGCCGCAGCCUGGUGGUCGCAGACAUUCGGUGGUGACUAUAUCCCGCGUGCCCCAGGCUCUGUUCGGCCGCGGACGUCGGGAGUCCAUCGCAGCCUUCCCAGCAUUGGCUCGCGGACGCAGAGACUCCGGCUCCAAAAAAUGUCCACCAGCUACUGAGACCCUGGGCAGCACUCACAACCUUCAACUAGACAUCAUGGACGAUAUCGUCCAGGCACGCAAGGUCCGUAUGCGCCUCUGGAACACUUCCAAUGAGCGUGUAUGUGAAGUGCAGCCAUUGGACGAGCGCUCCCCCAUGAGUGGCUCUGUCAGGUACACCAACCGUGGCCGCAGACAUUCCGAUUUCGUGGGCUCACCAUUACCGCCCAUCCCAGCUCGCCGCAGAGCCUCUGAAAUGCCACCGCCCAUACCACCGCGCUCCGGCGCCGGUGUGGUCUGCACCGACACUGACCUCCAUCACAUGCUUAACGCUCUCACUUCCUCCGCUACAGAAAUAGACCUUUGUGGCAAACCAGAGCGAACCAGGCGCCUCGCAGACAUGCGGUCCAGCAGUUUUGAUGCUUCCACACUCCGAGACAAACCCACCGAAUCGGGCACCACUUGGUUCACGAGGCGACACCAGACUUUAGCCACCAAGAAAAAGGAAAACGAAGUCAAAAAAGGCAAAGUUACGUUCGCCCCAGAUUCAAAGCCAGGUGAUGCAGCCGCAGUGGUUUGGGAUCGCCCGACCGGAUCGGUCGUUGACGCCAGUGCUUUAGGGAGUGCAAUAGAAGUAUUUCUUAGGAAGAGCGGAGCUGGUGAGGCAGGACCAUCAACCUCUGGUUCAACAACCAUAAAAGACGUAAAGGAAACUCGAGCGAAACCGAGAGACAUUCCAGGUCCGAGCAAACCAGGCGCAGUGGCCGUGCGCGGGGAAGGCGAGCGUUGGGUCUCCAACAGGCCUGAAGAGGAAGAAACAGCAGAAGGCUGCGACGCCACUCUCUGCACGUCUCUUAAAGACCUCUUCGUGUAAGAUGACGAUACGUUUAAAACUCUUGUAAAUUUACCUAUAGUUGUCAAGUAUCGACUCGUAUUCAGUUAGCGAGAGAGCGGUGCGCCAGUGCGUACUUAUUGUACUUUAUGAAUCUUUCAAUGUGAUAGACGACGCGCCGGCGCCGGUCGUCCUGAGUCGACUCACGACCGACGCCUGCCACGCGUCAAAUUAUUUUUAGAGUAAAUUCUAUUUUUCAUUGUAAAUUUUUUGAUAUUAGCGAUCAAAGUAUUGACUUAUUGUUAGAUAGAGAAUUACAUUCGUGAUUGGUCGCGCGUUUUCCACGCCAAGAGCGGUCCCCCGCGCGGCCACCCCCUCCAUCUCUACCCGCAAUCUGUGUCAGUGUUACCAUUAAACAAUUAACUUUAUCAUAUAGCAGACAAUUAUUGAGGAGACGUCGGGAGAAACGUACGCUUAAUAGACGAAGGCGAUUUUCGGUCGUCUUUUAUCAAUAAAAGUUUUUAUCGAUGUUA